AAAAAAAAAAGCCCUGCCAAAACAGAGGUAUGACCUUUCUCUUAUAAUAAGGCGAAGUGGCGAAAGACUCGUAAAACUAAAGAAAACUGAAGCGAAAACUGAAGCACGCGCGCUUGAAGAAAGUUCCGGUUUCUUCGAGCUUCAGAGCAUUGCUAAAAUGAGGUUAUAUGGCUCCUGAGUAUGCAAUGAGAGGUUACUAACAGACAAAGCAGAUGUAUACACUUUGGAAUUGUAGCUUUAGAGAUUGUCAUGGGGAAGAGCAACUCAAGUUUCAGGCCAAGUGAUGAGUUCUCAAAUCUUCUUGAUGGGUUAAGUUUUAUUUUGUAUUUCCUCUUCAUCAGCUUAAUUUCUAGGGAGGACACAAAUUUAUUGGGUACGUGAUCUAAAAGAGAAAGAGAAUUUGAUGGAGCUAGUAGAUCCAAGGUUAGGCUCAGACUAUGGCCAAGAAGAAGAGGUGAUGGUGGCAAUCAAUGUGGCUUUACGAUGUACCAAUUUGUCCGCAGCAAAUAGGCCUAGCAUGUCUUCGGUGGUGAGCAUGCUUGAAGGCAGGGUUGCUGCUCAGGGAUUGAUCGCAGGUUCAGCUGUUUCAACUGAUGAUAGCGAAGCAUUGAGGAACCUUUUACUGGAGAUGGUUGAAGAAAAUGUAUCAGAAAGCGAGACUCUGCUUGAAGGAAAUGUAUUGGAGAGCGAGAUAAGUAUUUUAAGGCAAUGACCAAUUGUAAGUUGUGGAAUCAACAGUUUUUGGUAUUCAUUUGAUUACAUUAUUUGUUUUUGUUAAUAUAUAUUAACAAAAAUAAAAAAACAUAACCAAAUUGAUACCAAAAACUGUUGAUCACACAAUUUACAAUUGGUCAUUGCCUUAAAAUACUUAUCUAGCUUCUGAUAUAUUUUCUUCAAGCGGAGUCUCGCUCUCUGAUACAUUUCCUUCAACCAUCUGCUGAAAAAGGUUCCUCAAUGCUUCGCUAUCAUCAUUUGAAUAUAUAUAUAUAUAUAUAUGUUUAUAGAGGCAUAAGCAUUAUUUGAAUUUUGAGACAAAAUGCUAUCCUAAAAGCUAAAAGCAGACAAAAAUAUACAUAAAACCCUCCUCAUUUUGGCAUCUCACUCGUUUUGGAAUUUAUUCUGUUAAAACUGAAUACCAUGCUCUUCACUUUGCUAACAAUGGUGUUUCAACAAAUAUGAUUUUGAGCUCUUCUAAUGAUGCUGCUAAAACCAUAUUAUUCCUUGUGAUCUUUGCCUCUGAUGUGGUCUUAACGAUGAAAGCAUUGGGCAUAUGUCUUUGGUUCUUGGUUGAACGAUAUAUUAUUUGGUUGAUUGGAUAAUGCUAGAGAUAGAUGUGAAGAUUGUAAAGCUUUUGUUGCAAAUGCUUGUUGGUACAUAUGGAAAGGUUUGGAUUGUUGGUACCUUUGGUUAUUAAGUUAGCACAAGAUGCUAGUUUUAAAUUACUAAUUUAGUGUCUCUUAUUGUCAAAUGUUCGGGGUUAUUGGAAACCGUCACCUUUUGGGAAAUAUGGAUCUUAUGAGGUUGGUUAUUGGACCGAAGCUUUGGGUAUUUUGGUUAGAGAUAAUAAAGAUGAUGUGAUAGUUGCUUGAGACCUAAAGGUUAAGACAAGUUCUCCGCGCUUGCCUGUGAAAAUCGUGGUGCUUUACUCGGAGUUUUGACUGCCAAAGAGUUGGGCAUUUCUCAUCUUGAAACAGAAUCAAAAUUCUUGUUCAAGCUAUUAAUGGUGUCCAAGUUGUCCUUGGAAGAUCCAGACUUUAGUUUAUGAUAUCAAAUCAACUACAUCUUUUCAUUGUAUCUUGGGAAAUCUUAUGUUCCACGGUCUGCAAAUCCUUCAAAUCGAGAAACAAAUUGGAUUGCCUCUCCAACCCGCUUGGAGUUUGAAUUUACCAUACCAAUUACUUUGCACUUAUAAUUUUGAUGCACAAAAACAGGAGGGAAAAAAAAACAAAUAGACAAAAAAACAAAAAACAAAAACAAAAACAAAAAAGGGAGAAAAACCUUGGGUAAUUGGUGCUUAUAUCAUCUAAACUUUACCAUUUUAUGCACUUCAGUCCCUGAAUGGAUAAGCACAUCAACUCUGAAGAAUGGUUGAUGGAAAAAAAAAAAAAUUAUAUAUUAUGAUAGUACUAUAGAAAAUAAAAUAUAGAAGUAAAUAAAAUUUUCUAGAUAAAAAUGAGAUUAUUAUCUUUUAGCAUUCGUCAUUGCAAUAAUAAUGUUAAAAUUAAAGGUUGUCAUUGAUAUUUAUCGUUAAAGAGCCUAAAUCAAUAUUAAAUUUUUAACACCCAAAAUUUAAUAAACAAAGUACAAAAAUCGGUAAAUAUCAUGUGGCAUUUACACCAAUUAUUCAAAAACCUUAUUUGACAUAGUAGGAGGACAUGAGGGGAACAAAAUUGAUUAUAACGGUUUUAUAAUUUUGAUAAUAAAUUAAUGGAAUAUUGUUUUUUUUUUUUUUUUUAAGUUGUAAGUCGGUCCAGUAAUUUAUUAUCAUAACAAAAUUAAAUUUUCAAAAAAAAGAGUUGUAAGUCGGUCCAGUAAUUUAUUAUCAUAAUAAAAUUAAAUUUUCUAUUUAUUAAAUAAAACUAUUAUUCUAUUGGAGGCGGUCAGAGACCUUUCUCUCUUAUAAGGCUUAGUGGCGAAAAGAAAACCGAAGAACGCGCGCUUAAAGAAAGUUCCAGUUUCUUCGAGCUUCAGAGCAUCUCUAAAAUGGCUUCGGCAAUGAUGACAGGAGUUGCUGUAGCUGCUGCUGCUUAUGCUGGUAGAUAUGGUAUUCUGGCUUGGCAGGCAUUCACAGCAAGACCGGCUUCAUUACGUAGAUUCUAUGAAGGUGGUUUUCAACCAAUCAUGAAUCGAAGGGAAGCAGCUCUGAUUCUUGGAGUCAGGGAAAGAACUCCAACAGAGAAGAUCAAGGAAGCUCAUAGAAGGGUGAUGGUUGCGAACCAUCCUGAUGCAGGUGGUAGCCAUUACCUUGCAUCAAAAAUCAAUGAAGCUAAAGAUAUGUUGCUUGGGAGAAGCAAAGGUAGUGGGUCUGCUUUUUGAUGGUACUUUUGUUGAUGGAUCAAUGAUGUCUUCAUCUCUAUUCAGAUCAUCAUUUUUACGCGAUAGUUUUUACAAGAUCUCUAAAGUUUUGAAAGAAGAGUUUUGCGAGUCCUUCAAAUAAUUCUUUAGGUUCCUAACUAUUUGGAUAGUACGUUUUCUUUUUAUGAAUUAAUUAAGCAUUAGGAUUACACAAUUGGAAUUUUGCUGUGUCGGAUUUUCAUUGUCUGUAUUAAUAUUACAAAAUCAAUAUUGACGGAAUAAAUGUUCCCCUGGCAUUUCGUUUAAUCUUC